AAAAGUUACCGGUGGAACUAUCCUUCCGGGUGGUAAGAUGGUAAUGUAUGGUGGAUGUAAUUUAACAAGCUCAUCAGAUUGUGCAACAUCUGAUGUUUGGAGUUUGGAUAUUGGAAGUAACUCUAAUAGUGGUGUACCAACUUCGAAUUCUCCAAGUUGGAGUCAAAGAGGUGAAUGUUUAGGUGCAAGAGAAGGCGUGGCGAUGAUUAAUAACGCGCUUAUAGGCGUUGUUUCUUAUCGUACUCAAGCUAUUUCCUUUGGUGGUAAAUUACCUGGAAAAAUGACUGCUGAUAAAGAUGGUGAAGUUGGUGUUUUUGAUGCCAAUGGGGGCGUUUGGGUGAGGGUUCUUCCCAAAGGUGACCCAAAAUAUUUAUAUCCAAAAGUACGUUCCGGUGCCAGAAUGGUAGCUGUCGACCUCGGUAUAUCAAAUUCGUCUGCUCCUAGCAUUAUUAUGUUUGGUGGGGAGGGUUUAAAUGGUACCAAUUCAUUUUAUAAUGAUAUGUGGCUUCUUACUCUUUCUGAUGGUGUCUCAAAGGGUAACUCUACAACAUCUUCUGGCAUGGAUUUCUUAAAAUGUAUUUCUCCUCUUGUUGGUAUUGGUACUCCAUUAUCUCCAAGUCCUUCCCCUGGCCUUGGUCCCUUUGGUCCUCAAUUUGCUGAUGCUGCCAUCAAUAUUAAUCACAUAAUUUAUUUAACUUUAAGCUUUAUAAUUUUACCUAUUGCAACUUCAAUAAUUAGAUUCGGUCGAGGUCCGAUUAUUGCUGGAAUUUAUGCUAUUUUCAUAUUAUUGGCUUACGCCUUUCUGAUUUAUGGUUUUUUGGUCGCUAUGCAACAAGUAAAUUCUGUUAUUCCUUCUUCCACCAACAGUAUUCCAACUUCUCAUUUCUCAACCCCUCAUGGAUUAAUGGGCGUAAUAUUAUCUGUUCUCAUAUAUAUCGUCAUACCAUUAUUGGCUAUAUUUUCAUGUACAACUAUUAGAAAGUUUGGUCCUUAUACUCCUGCAACUACUUCUGAUGAUCCUGAAUCCGAUGAAAAUAAUACUAGUUUUAAAAAUAAGUUUGCUAAAUUGUUUAAUUUAAAAAGUUCUGAUGAUGAUGGUAAACAAACAAAAUCUUUUGAAGUUUCCCGACCUGGAAAUCUCAACUUUCAAAACGACAAUUAUCAAAAGCCAACUUCAAUGCUUAACAAACCAUCCUCUGAUUCUUGGGUAGAUAAACGAAAAAGUGUAACCAUUGCAGAAAAUCCAUUGGUCUUGAAUAAUACUUUACGCAAUCUUAACAAUCUUAAUAUGCAAAAUG